AUGGAUGGAAACCCCCCUCUUGAUGGCCUGCGGGCUAUAGAACUCGCUGGACUGGCUCCUGGUUAGUUCUUAAUAUACUAUGCCAUUUUAUAGAAGUCGGCUCAGACUGUUUGAGUCCUUCUCUGACUACUUCCAAACAGGGCCGUUCUGUGGCCAGCUACUCUCCUCCAACGGGGCAAGUGUUCUUCGUAUAGAUCGCUCGACAGAGUCAGUCAACCAGGACAUUCUAACUUCGCGAAAGUCGUCUGUCUCUCUGGACCUGAAGAUUCCAGGUUGCAUAAAGCUUCUUAAGAUUCUCCUUCAAGAAACCGAUGUCCUCAUAGACCCCUAUAGGCCAGGGGUCCUUGAAAGACUAGGGCUUAGUCCGACAACACUUUUAGAUUCAUACCCACGCUUGAUCAUUCUUCGGAUGACUGGGUUCCGAAGAGAUGGCCCAUACAAAGACAUGGCUGGCCACGACAUCAACUACCUAGCAGUGUCCGGUGUACUAAGUAUGCUCGGGGCCCAAGGUGAGCCCCCACUGCCACCUGCCAAUAUGCUCGGCGACUACGCUGGUGGGGGCUUGGUAGCGUUCGCUGGUGUGUUGCUGGCCCUCAUCCACCGGAGCUUCAGCGGAAAAGGCCAGGUUGUCGAAGCCAACAUGGUCGAUGGAGCUUCUUAUAUUGGAACGGUUCCGCGGCUAAGGACCAAGGAGCCUGUCUGGAUGUUUGAGCGCGGGACAAACCUGUUAGAUGGCGGCUGCCCUUACUACCGCUGUUAUGAAUGCAAAGACAUGGGAAAGUACAUGUCAGUGGGGGCCCUAGAGCCCCAAUUCUUCGAAAAGUUGCUCCAAGGAUUGGGCUUGACGCUGGACCAGGUUGUCCCCAAGGGGUUAUCACGGGAGGAUAAGAAUUCAUGGCCGCAUAUGCAAGCCGUCUCCAGGAAAAUUUCAAGACGAAGACACGAAUGGAAUGGGAGCACGUGUUUUUGGGCAAAGACGCCUGUGUUACUCCCGUGCUAG